CCUCUCCGGUGGUCCUCUCGGCUCCGGAGUCAGCAUCACUCACUCUCCGACCUACAGCACAGGACUACGCUCGGCCCGGCGGAGGAACAUGUUGCUUCAGAAACUGUUUGUUUGGAUCCUGUCAGUCCUGUGUGGCACCGACGUGUGUCUGGGAUUUGUCUACGACCGGCCCAGACGCUCGGGAGAGGACGGGACUUCCACCAGAUCAGAGUCUCGCUCUGCGUCUCAGUACGCGCCGACCUCCGGCUCCUGCAGGAACAGGUGUUUCGAGCUGGUUGACCUGGAGCCCCCAAACUGCCGCUGUGACAACCUGUGCAAGACCUACAACGGCUGCUGCUCUGACUUCAAUCAGCUGUGCCUCAGGACAGAGGGGGGUUACGAGUGCAGCAAAGAUCGGUGUGGGGAGACUCGGAACGAACAACAUGCCUGCCACUGCUCUGAUGACUGUCUGGCCAGAGGAGACUGUUGUACCAACUACAGGACACUGUGCAAAGGGGACACGUCAUGGCUGAAGGACGAGUGUGAGGAGAUCAAGACAUCUGAAUGUCCUGCUGGGUUUGUGCGCCCGCCACUCAUCAUGCUGUCAGUGGAUGGAUUUAGAGCUUCUUAUGUGAAGAGAGGAAACACAGUCAUCCCCAACAUCGAGAAACUGAGAACAUGUGGAACCCAUGCUCCAUACAUGAGGCCUGUUUACCCCUCAAAAACAUUCCCCAACCUCUACUCCCUGGCUACGGGUCUCUACCCAGAGUCUCAUGGUAUCAUCGGCAACUCCAUGCAUGACCCCGUGUUUGAUGCCACCUUCACCCUGAGAAGCCGAGAGAAACUCAGUCAUCGCUGGUGGGGAGGACAGCCGAUCUGGAUCACAGCGCUCAAGCAGGGAGUGAAGGCUGCCACCUUCUUCUGGCCUGUUGCUAUCUCUCUGGAGAGGCGGAUACUGACCAUGCUGCAGUGGCUCCACCUGCCUGAAGGGGAGAGGCCCUAUGUUUACGCCAUGCACUCUGAACAACCGGACACAUACGGACACAAAAUGGGGCCCAUGAGCGCAGAAUUGAACAACCCUCUGCGGAUGAUUGACAGGAUUGUCGGCCAACUGAUGGAUGGACUCAAACAGAUGAAACUGCACCGCUGUGUCAACAUCAUCCUGGUGGGGGAUCAUGGUAUGGAGGAGGCCCACUGUGAUCGCACCGAGUUCCUCAGCAACUACAUGACCAACGUUGAUGACAUCAUCCUCGUCCCCGGGUCUCUGGGCAGAAUACGCUCGAGAUACCUGAACAACCCUAAAUAUGACGCCAAGGCUGUUGUUGCAAAUCUAACAUGUAAGAAGGCAGACCAGCACUUUAAGCCGUACUUGAAGCAGCACCUGCCUAAGAGACUGCACUACGCCAACAACCGGCGCAUAGAAGAGAUUCACUUGCUAGUGGAGAGGAAGUGGCACGUUGCCAGGAGAGUUCCUGAAGGCAAGAGGCACUGUGGCUUCUCUGGUGACCAUGGAUAUGACAAUAAAAUCAACAGCAUGCAGACUAUUUUCUUGGGGUACGGACCUACAUUUAAAUUCAAGACUAAAGUUCCAGCCUUUGAAAACAUUGAGCUUUAUAAUGUCAUGUGUGAUCUUCUGGGUCUGAAACCAGCCCCCAAUAAUGGAACCCAUGGCAGUCUGAACCACCUGCUGAGAAGCCCCACCUACAGGCCCACCAUGCCAGAAGAGGUUUCGAGGCCGGCAGCCUCUGGUCUUGGUCCGGCAGGAACAGACGACCUGGGCUGCAACUGCGAAGACAAGAACAAAGUGGAGGAGUUAAACCAGCGACUGAGGCGAGCUAUGGAUGACAGCAGGAACUUGCCGUACGGCCGACCUGCUGUACUCUUUCGUACCAAGUACUCCAUCCUCCACCACAGUGACUACAUCAGCGGCUACAGCGAGGCGCUCUCUAUGCCUCUCUGGACGUCAUACGCCGUCAGCAAACAGGUAGAAGUAUCCCCUCUGCCUGAAGCCCUGUCCAACUGUGUGAGACCUGAUACCAGAGUUCCUCCAGCCUACAGUCAGUCUUGUACCAACUACCGAGCAGACAUACAGAUCACCUACGCCUUCCUGUACCCACCACAAUUCUCCACCACCAUGGACAAAAAAUAUGAUGCUGUCCUCAUCACCAACACCGUCCCCAUGUAUCCUGCAUUCAAGAGGAUAUGGAGUUACUUCCAGAGAGCGCUGGUGAAGAAAUAUGCCACUGAGAGAAAUGGAGUGAAUGUGCUCAUUGGACCCAUAUUUGACUAUGACUACGAUGGUGUCAGGGACUCCGCUGAGAAGAUAAAAGAGUACGUAAGUGGGGUGAUACCCGUCCCCACGCACUUCUUCGUGGUCCUGACCAGCUGCUUAGACUUCACGCAGGCUGCAGACUCGUGUAGCGGCCCGCUCAGCAGCGCUGCCUUCAUCCUGCCGCACAGAGCCAGCAACGACGAGACCUGCAACAGCUCAGAGGAGGAGUCUCGCUGGGUGGAGGACCUGAUGAAGAUGCACACGGCUCGAGUCAGAGAUGUGGAGAUCCUGACGGGCUUGGACCUGUACCGCAGAACGACCCGGAGCUACGCCGAAAUCCUCUCGCUCAAGACCUACAUGCACACCUACGAGAGCGAGAUCUGACAUCCGCUGGCCCCCUGUCAACACUGAUGUUGCUGAUUCCUUUUUUCCAACCGUGGUGGAUGUAUGUGGUACAAAGAAGAGGUGCUAUCACCUCUGUUACACUGACCUACACCAGCUCUUCAUGCUCUCGCUGUCUGCUCUCGCUGCCGUGUGCAGCUGCUCCGUUGUGGCCCUUUCACUGGGCAUCUGGUUUCAUCUCAUUCAUCUCGUCCAUCUAUUAAGACACAGCAUUGAACACCACUGAGGCUGAGCUACUAGCUGUAGCACUGUCCACUUUAUUUUGUUUAGUAGCAGGCAAGUAAAGCAAUUAUUCUGCUCUGUGCUACUGUUUCAUGGUCGGCACUCAGAUUCAAUGGAAUGACAUCAAAAUGAACAACAUUGACCUAAGUGAGUAAAUAUAUAAAGGGCUCAAAUUGAAUCUGUACCAGUAUUUUUUGUCAUAAUGUGUAAAUAACAGAGAGGCCAUUAAUCUUCAUCUGCCCUCUGUUUACUUUAAAUCGUCUUUAGCAGAAAAGUUUUAUCUCCAGCAGUACGGCCGGGUCGACCUGUUAGUGGAGUUUUCUAGAACAGCUGGAUUUUUUUACCCAGAGACCAAGAAACCCACACUAAUCCUAUGCUGGAAUAUUAAAGGACACCAGUUUUAGGGGCAAUUUGAUUAAAAGCAGCUUUAUUUUCAAAAAUGCAUCAUUGUAGCACAAUGUAAAAUGAUGAGUCUUAAAACUAGGAUUUGAUGUCGGGCCCUAGUACAAGGCAGGACCACAAGAUCAAAUAAUAAUGCAGGACUGAUUGCCCUGUAUACUCUUACAUAUUUUGUAUUAAUUGUCAUCGUCCAGCAGUACCAAGAACAGUUUUUGAGUUUUUUGUUUUGUUUUGGUAAUACACAUUUAUAUUCUUCUCAAGCAAACAAUAUUCCAUAUGUGUAAAAAUUAUGUUUUAAUGUGUUUGAAUGAUCUUUAAUUGCACUACGAAGCCAUUAACAGAAUCCGUCAGACAAAACCAUCACCUCAGUGCCAAGGCCGGAUUGUUAAACAUUUUCAGUUGCCUAGCAAUACGACAUUGAUCCACUCUGUCUACUCUUUACACUAUGAACAGAUUAUGUUCAGUGAUUAAGAAGGAAUCGUCUUUAUUUUUUUAAUGAAAUGAUUAUGCAAUGGUUUUUUUUGUGUGCGUGUCUGUGCAUGUUUGUGCAUGUGCGUGCGCAUGUAUACAGUGUGUAUAUGUUGAAUUCAAGAUAUUUCCUGUUCGUGUUUGACUGUUGAUUGUGUUUGUGUGUGUUUGUGUUUGUGUGUGUGUGUGUGUUGACUUUUUGUUCUGUGCAUGAAAGCAAUAAUG